ACUUGUUUUUAUAAUAAGAAGCCAAAAAAAAAAUUUUGAAAAAAAAACAAGAAGAACACAUGGAUACAAUUGAACCAAUAACUUACGAGCCAGAAGAUCAAGGAUUUAUAGCCUUUGCUGGACAAGGAAUCAGGUUGGACGGAAAAGUAAGAAAAGUCAAAGACGAUGAGCCCCCUGUCAUUAAAGCUAGUUAUAAACGAGGAGUACCUGACUAUGAUUACCAUUUCGGUAACCUCAAGUUUAUUCGAGCCCCAAAGAAAGAUGAUGACAAAAAGAAGGAAUCUGCUGAAACUUCUACCUUUGAAGCUUUCUCAGGUGCUGGAAAAUCUUUGCGCCAAACGAAAGCAGUUUAAAAUAAAUCUUCUCCUAUAAGUCGAAAUACACGUGUUUUCUCUU